AUGGGCCCCUAUACCGCCUCCUCAUGCUGCUGCCAGGUCCAGAGUGUGUCAUGGGCCCCCCCGUACCGAUUCUUCCAAAAAUGCUGCUGCCAGGCCCGUAAUCUGUCAUGGGCCCCUGUAAACCCCGCCCCCCCAUGCUGCUACGCCAGGUACACCAGAUUAUGUCAUGGGUCCCUGUACGGCCGCCCAUUGCUGCUGCCAGGCCUGUAAUCUGCCCAUGGCCCCCCCUACCGACUCCUCAUGCUGCUGCCAGGCCCGUAAUCUGCCAUGGGCCCCUGUACCCAGCCUCCUCAUGCUGCUGCAGCCAGGUCCAGAGUGUGUCAUGGGUCCCUGUACGGGCCUCCCAUUGCUGCUGUCACUCUUCGCCACAACUCUGCCAAUGUGCCACUUUCAGGUCUCCUCAAACUGCUGCUGGUGGUUUCCCAUUUUUGUCAUAGGGUGCUGCAUGGCCUCCCCAUUGCUGCUGCCUCCAACCGCCACACUGUGUGCUCCACACACUCUGGUUUUGGCCCCGUGACUGGCCAAAUGAGUGAAGUGUGCGGUGAUUCUAAGAUCGACGGCACUCAUCUGCAUGUCAUACUGCCUGACAGUAUUAUUUCCUUCCCCAGCAGACUCCAAGGGCAUUUAAAAUAUUUAAAGGUACAGUGUUCAGCACUAAUAUUA